AUGGCUGACGCACCUCCUCCCACCCCAUCUGAGCUCCUUCGUAUGGUGACUGAGCUUCAGCAGGCAAAUCAGCGCAUGGCUGAGGCCAACGAGCACAUGAGAAACGAGAAUCAACGGAUGCAACAACAUAUCGAGCAAUUAAUCAACGCCCGCAUUGAACAUGGUAACGAUCAUAAUGAGCGGAAUAAUGACGAGGAACACCGCACACACGUUUCGGAGACACCUCAGGAUGAGGAAGGCGGCGGUCCGCAUGACAGCGAAAAAAGAGCCGAAACCGAUAGGGACGAGCUUGAUAAUUCCACAGGACCAUUUACGGCGGACAUCAUGAAUUUCCAGCUACCUAGGCAGUUCACCCUACCAACAACGCUAACUCCUUAUGAUGGAUUGGGAGACCCAAAACAACACAUUAAGAAAUUUCGAUCAAUUAUGAUUGUUAACGGUGCAUCUGAUCCUAUUCUAUGCCAUUGUUUUCCUUCUUUUUUAGAUGGUCCUGCACUUGACUGGUUUUGCUCUUUGCCUGCAGAUUCUAUUUCCCGAUUUCAAGAACUGGCAAAGCAAUUUGAGGAUCACUUUGCAGCGUCCGCUAUUUACCUACAUGACUCAGACUACUUGACAACUGUUAAACAAGGCCCUCAAGAAAGCCUGAAGGACUACAUCACACGUUUUACGAAGAUAGCCAUGAGGAUCCCCGACCUUCAUCCUGAGGUCCACCUACAUGCCAUCAAGAGUGGGCUCCGCCCAGGAAAAUUCCAGGAAGCUAUCGCGGUCGCUAAACCUAGAACCCUGGCCGAGUUCUGUGAGAAGGCCAAAGGACAGAUAGACAUCGAAGAACUCCGUCAAGCUCGGAAGUCAGAAAAGUCGGCAACCACCAAAGACGACGAGAGGCCCCGAGAAAGUAGAAAGAACUUCAAGCCAGUACCCCGAUACGAGUCAUACACACAGUUCAACACCAAACGAGACGACAUUAUCAAGGAGAUAUUAAACUCCAAGCUGAUCAAACCUCCACGGAAAGCCGGGAGUUAUCCAGAACCAAAAAAUGUUGAUAAAUCCAAGUAUUGUACGUUCCAUCAGAAGUUCGGUCAUACAACCAAUGAAUGCGUGAUCGCUAAAGAUCUCCUCGAACGUUUAGCGAGGCAGGGACACCUUGACAAAUUCAUUGCAGGUCACAUGCAAAAGAGAUCCACUUCUGCCGCGGAACCAUCCUCGGUAGCAAUUCCAUCAAAAGACAAGGAGAAAGUUCCCGCUCAACCCCGGGGCGUGAUUAAUUGCAUCUCCGGAGGCUAUGCGGGAGGAGGACACACAAGCUCGGCACGAAAACGCACAUACAGAGCCAUGCUCGCCCUGGCGGAUACGACCAACAAUCCUCAGUUGACACAAAAAGCACCUGAGAUAACGUUUUCUCCAACCGAUUACCAUGCUCAUGACACGAAUCUUGAUGACCCUGUCGUCAUCUCCAUCCAGCUGGGCGAUUUAAUAGUUCGGAAAGUACUGCUGGACCCAGGCAGCAGCGCCGACGUUUUAUUUUUUACUACAUUUGAAAAAAUAAAAUUAAGUACUAACAUUCUACAACCGUCUGUAGGAGACUUGGUCGGCUUCUCAGGGGAGCGAGUCCCAGUCAUGGGUUCAGUAUGGUUACAAACCACGUUGGGUGAACAACCUGCAUCUAGAACACAUGAUAUUCAAUACUUGGUGGUUGACAGUUUCAGCCCUUACAACCUUAUUUUAGGGCGACCCUUUUUAAACAGGUUUGCCGCAAUUGUAUUUACUGUCCAUCUUUGUAUCAAGUUUCCUCUGCAGGAUGAUAUAAUUGCCAUCGUCCAUGGCGACCUACAAGAUGCUCGGCACUGUUACAACACUAGUUUAAAGCCCAUCAAGAGAAAUAGCGACAGACGUGUAAACUCCAUAGGCGCAGAACAGCCAAUGCUUACCGAGCUGGAUCUUCGAGCCGACCUUCAAGAUCGCCCUCUACCAAAUGAAGAGCUGAUAAAGCUUACCUUGACAGAUGAUCCAACCAAAUUCACCUUUAUUGGCGCAUCCAUGCAGGGCGAAGAGAAAGACAAACUAAUCAACUUCCUACGACGGAAUGCCGACCUAUUUGCCUGGACGUCAUGA